AUGAGUACGACCACCGCUGUCAUGAGCUAUCGAGAGCUUCUACAUGAAAUACUGUUUACCAAGGAUGGAAAUACACAGAGGGCCUCGAGAAAGCUUUAUCAACUCCUAUCAUUUAUUUUGGAGGAAUACCAAAAAACCCGGAACCCCAAACGAACGAAGGACCAAAUCUUGAGACUAGCAUCUCCUUUGAAAAGUGGAUUCAGGUCUCUCUCUAUAAGAUGCAACAACGUGGAAAGGGGAGAACUGUCGUUCAGUGAGUUUUUCCUUAUUGCUUACCAAGAAUAUAUGGCAAGAAUGCAAAAUCUUGUUGAAUCAAUACAGCUUUUAGACUCGUAUACAGAGAAUGAAGAAAAGGUGAGUCUAGUGCAGACUUUGCAAAGCUUUUUCAUGCAACAAGCACUGGAUAUUUCGCUAGAAGCAUAUAUGGAACUAUGUGGUGAUUAUAUUAGCGGUAACAAGAAAUGCAAACGUGAUUUACUCCUUAUUCAUGAUGUAAUAUACCAAUAUAUCAUUCUUAACAUAGAUGAAGCAAGUUUUAGACGCAGCCCAUUUGUCCAGAGGUUCUUUAACAUGGGUGCUAUAUAUAUGCAAGCUUGGGUGAGUAAUAGUAUGAAGAGAGACUUCGUUGACAUAUAUAGAACAUAUCGAAACACUUUAGAUCUCUUAGCAAUUAUUAAUCAGGAAAAAAGGCAAGAUUCAGGGUUUAAGUUGAUGUUUGAUAAUGAUAUUAAAUCAUUUCUGAAUAGUUUGAACAAUAUCGUACUACAAGCGGACGUAAUAAACUUUUUAGACACGUUUACAAGCCAAAGCGAUGGGCAACGGACCACACUCUUCAAGGAUUAUUUCAAAGAAGUGCGACCUAUUAUUUUUAUGGGAAAUAAUUUUGAUCAAUUACUCGUAUCCAUCAUUUUGAGUGAUUACUUUAAAGCAAACGUGAAUGUUAGUAAGAAUGAUACAUGUUUGAUACAGGUGGAAAUGAGAACAGAAUUUGAAAAAAGUAUACAGAAUGCUGAAACUUUUCAUAAAGAGUUACUUUGUUAUUUGGACAAGCACUUCAAAAACGAUUUCAAACGAAGGAAAGGUCUGCACUCCGCUACGGCAAGUGCAACGGAUGUUCUUUGGGUAAAUGCUAUGUCAUCUCUUAUAGUAUAUUACAUCCCAAAGAGGUCGUUGUUCUUGAAACGUUUUCUUAGGGAAGGCUUGUUCCGUCAAAUGCUAAUGUUGAAUACAAAGUUUCCUAGUUUUUACGAGGAUGCAAACUCUUUGGAGCAUUCAUUGAUUCAUAACAUCAAUGAAGCUAUUCCAUCUGAUAUGUACUUCAUUAGGAGACUAUUAGAAAGCGGCACGGAGACUCUAAAAGACGUCUCGGAGCUUGAUAAUUGUACAACCAAACUCAACAGGUUGUAUGUAAGCAAACAACUUGCCGAUGAGCUUUCUCUACCGUCCGGAAACCAAGAGGAACCUUUAUGGCCAACGAAAGAGCUUAAAAAACAGUGGCAAAAGGAGAUGCUUCACUGUCGUCUCCAAGGAAAGAAACUACAUGGGUUAUUUAUGAUGCAUGUUGUGUCUGUUUCUACUCCUAUUCGUUUACCUAAUGGCAGAAAACUAACGCUUCUUUGUGAUCUCACAGCAGCGAGCAUAUUAUACCAAUUCAAUGAAUAUGACAAUAUCACACAGUCUAAUCUUAUCGCCAAACUUAGAAAUAAAGACGUAGCUCUCUCUCUACAUCGACUCCUUGAAUGUGAGGUCCUUACAAAAUCGCAAAUGGAGCUCAAAAUCAACGAGUCAUUUCAAGCACCGCCAGAGGUGUCUAGAUCUGGUAUUCUCAGGAUUAUUUAG